UCGUAUUUGUCGGUGCGCAUAUAUAUACUCCAAUACUGCCACACAUUUGAUCUCUCUCUCUCUCACGCGCUGUCAACACGCGCCGGCGAAGAUCCGAUUUUCCGGCUGACAGGGAACAUAAACAUUAUAACGGUUCCCUUCGCCUUUGGAUAAAUCAUGAAUCCCGAAUAUGACUACUUGUUCAAACUUUUGUUAAUAGGAGAUUCAGGUGUUGGAAAGUCAUGUCUUCUCCUGAGAUUUGCCGAUGAUUCUUAUUUGGACAGCUACAUCAGCACAAUUGGUGUUGACUUUAAAAUACGUACAGUGGAGCAAGAUGGGAAGACUAUUAAACUUCAAAUUUGGGACACUGCCGGACAAGAACGUUUCAGGACAAUCACAAGUAGUUACUACCGCGGGGCACAUGGCAUUAUAAUAGUUUAUGAUAUAACUGAUCAAGAAAGCUUCAACAAUGUUAAGCAAUGGUUGAGUGAAAUUGAUCGCUAUGCAAGUGAAAAUGUAAACAAGCUUUUGGUUGGAAAUAAGUGCGACUUGAAUGAUAACCGAGCGGUGUCAUAUGAUACAGCAAAGGCGUUUGCUGAUGAAAUUGGCAUUCCAUUUAUGGAGGCAAGUGCAAAGAGUGCCACUAAUGUUGAGCAAGCUUUCAUGGCAAUGUCAGCUGACAUAAAGAACAGGAUGGCAAGCCAGCCAGCAUCAAACAAUUCAAAGCCACCCACGGUUCAGAUACGAGGACAACCUGUUAACCAAAAGAGUGGCUGCUGUUCUUCUUAGAUGUCGGGUUCCGCUAGCUAGAAUUGCUUUCAGAUUCACCAUUCCAAUCACAAUGCCUUGUUUUUGAAGCUGUGGCAGUUCAUUCUUUUCAUCUACCGGUAUUCAAGUGCCCUGUACAAAUCACAGAAUUCCCCCCUUUGAUAUUUUCACUUCAUUGGGUUUCCAUGUCAAAUUUGCAGUGUUUGUUUCUGCAGUUUCAGGCAAUAUAUGUUGCAGAAGUUGAUUUUAUCAGAUGGGGAUAGUGAUAGAGCUGUAAUGCUGUUGUACCUGACUAUCAAAUAAAAUGCUCUGCGAAAAUGUUCUUGUGAGAUGUUUAACUUAACAAAUCUCAACCAUUUGAUAUUGA